GUAGGAAGCUGUCAUUGUUUGAAAACAGGAGAAACUAAUUUUUGCAUUGACUGUAAUAAUGAAUUUAAUAAUUGUGUCCACGUUAACAUGUUUUUUUGGAAUUGUUUAUGGCUUCUCAAAAUCAGUGCCUGUUUACAAAUUAAAUAAUGGUCAUGAGAUGCCAAAAGUUGGAUUCGGAACAUUUUUGAUGACUCCAAAUGAAACUGACUUAGCUGUGAGCUCUGCUCUUGAAAGUGGCUACAGGCAUAUUGACGCUGCAUAUAUUUAUGAAAAUGAAAAGGACAUUGGUCAUACUUUGAAAAAAUGGUUUGCGAAGGGAAACAAGAGAGAAGAUAUUUUUAUUACAACUAAACUACCAAUUAUGGCUAUGCGCUCAACGGACGUUGAAAAAGCUUUAGAACUAUCUUUGAGCAACCUAGGAUUAGAUUAUAUUGAUAUGUACCUCAUCCAUGUACCAUUUGGCAUGAAAAGAACAGAAGAUUUUCAAAUUCUCAAAUACGAUAAUGAAUCUUUUGCGAUUGAUUAUUCAACGAAUCACUUUGCUAUAUGGAGAGCACUAGAAAAACAAGUUAAAGCUGGCAAAGUGAAAUCAAUUGGAUUAAGUAAUUUCAACAAAACUCAAUUACUACGCCUUUGGAAUUUCGCUGAAAUUAAACCAAGCAAUUUACAGAUAGAAUCAAAUGUUUAUCUACAACAAGAAGAGCUGCGUGAGUUAUGCCAAGAACUGAAAAUUGUUAUGACGGGUUAUAGUCCUUUAGGAUCAGGUGGUCUUAUUCAGAUGAGACGGAAACGCGAAACUGUUGUUUUGCCACCGCUAAUCAAACACCCCGUUGUGGCUAGACUUGCUGAAGUCCAUAAUAAAUCACCCGGUCAAAUUCUGUUGAGGUUUGGUUUGCAAAGAAACAUUGUUGUCAUACCAAAGAGUACCAAUCCAAAAAGAAUAAAGGAAAAUAUCGAUAUUUUCAAUUUUGCAUUAACUGAAGAAGAAAUGAAUAAAUUGAAAUCUUUGGAUCAGCAUGGGAAAUAUCGAAAAUUCGAUUUCCUUUCUCUCACAGGGAUCGAACAUCAUCCAGAUUAUCCAUUUCCUGAUAAGUUUUCAAAAUAAUUAGGACAAAAUUAUUUAAUUGUUGAAACUAAAAAAAACGCUACGUGUACAUGUAUAUGUCUAUAUAUGUAAAAUAGUAGUAUUUUCUUUUAUUGAGGAAUGAGUAUAACCAUAAAGUUUAAUUAUUCAAUUUUGAAGUUACCGUUGACCGCAAAUGAAAUAAUUGAUUUCUAAAUUUUGUUGCAUUAUCGUUCAUUCAGUAACAAAGCUUAAAUACCGAAAACAUCAAUCGUUGUAAAAUUAUUCUUAUAGAAAUAAGGUGUCCAACACUUUGUUAAUACGUGGAUAAGGCUUGCUGGAACUGAUUAACGAUUACCGUCUUCCAAUUAAUAAAAACAAUACAUGUUUAGAAAUUAGAAUAAAAAGUUUAAGAAACGAUUAA